UGAUGAAUGAAUGGGUUAAGGGGAACCAGAAGUUCUGAGUGUAGAUAGGCAGAUCCAGCUAGAUGACCUUAUUCCAAAGAAAUAGGGCAGGGUUAACAAAAAGGGUUAGUGAGCCAAAACCAAAAUUAGAACAUGUCAGCUAGUACAAAAUGAGCAGAAACACAUAUUUGCAAGCUUGAGUUUACAGAGCACCAGUCACCCAUUCAAUGAGUAACUAAAAAUAUGAAUUGCCUAAAGGAGGGAGGGAAUAAGCAUCUACAUUCACAUACAAUGCUAUACACUUUUAUCAAGAGUUUUUCAUUUGAUCAAAUUUGAACAAAUUUCAACCACCCUGUAAGAAAGGUACUAAUAGUAUCCCCAUUUUGCAGAUGGGAAAACUGAGUUAAUCAAAUGUUAAGUGACUCACUAGAUCUGCCUGGUUAGUCAGUGCUGUGUGCUGAAUUUGAACUCAGGUUUUUGUGAUUCUAAUCCCAAAGCUUUAUGCACUGGGCCAUCAGUGGUCUCCUAUGGAAUCAUUCUCCAUCAUUUUAAGGAUCCUAUCAAUGCAUCUUUUUCCAGACCUCUGAAGAAUCUGACAGUGACUGAAGUAGGUGUCACCUGCCUCUAUCAGAGUGAUUCCACUGGUCCCUUCCUGGAUAGAGAGAGGGUUUACUGGGAAUUCAGCAAUCAGACUGGGGGCAUCACUAGACUGGGGCCCUAUACCCUCGACAGGGACAGUCUCUACCUCAAUGCUCCUAUCCAGACCACAAUCCCUUCAAGAAUUUCCUCAGCUCCUUCACUACUGACCAAUUCCUCAGCAUCUGGCAGUUUUAGCCUGAAGUCUUUCACCCUGAACUUCACAAUCAACAACUUGCUCUGCACAGCAGACAUGGGACGGCCAGGCUCCCAAAAGUUCAAAGCCACUGAAAGAGUCCUACAGCACCUGCUCAGCCCCUUGCUUGAAAACAGUAGCCUUGGCUCUGACUAUUCUGGAUGCAGGCUGACCAUGCUGAGGCCCGUACAGAAUGGGACAGCAACCAAAUUCCUGUGUGGCCACUGGAAAACUCCCACCACCCCUAGCCUGGACAGGAAGAAGAUUUACCGGGAGCUGAGCAAUCAGACCCAAGGUAUCACCAGGCUGGGUGCCUAUACCCUGGACAAUAAGAGCCUCUAUCUCGAUGGAUACAGCUAUCAGAUGAAUCUUUCCUCCUCCACAAGUGCUGGAGGUCCCAACUUUGAGCCUUUCACACUGAAGUUCACCAUCACCAACAUGAGGUACACAGCAGACAUGGGGGAAAGGGGCUCCAGCAUAUUCAUUUCCACUGAGAGAGUGCUGCAGCGCCUGCUCAGUUCCUUGUUUGAAAAGAGCAGCCUUGGCUCUCAGGAUUUUGCAAGCAAAUUGACCUUACUGAGGCCUAUGAAGGAGGGAAGAGCAACCCUAGUUCAUUUCACUUGCAUCCAUCGGAGAGAUCCUGCCAGCCCUGUCCUAGACAGAGAAAAAAUUUACUGCGAGUUGAGCUAUCUGACCUGGAGCAUCACCAGGCUGGGCCCCUACACAUUAGAGAAGGAUAGCCUCUACCUCAAUGGUUACAAUCAUUUGGCCGUGGCCCCCACCAAAAUGCGUGAGUGUCUCUAUUGGAAAGGGAAUAGUUCCUUCAUUUUACCCUUCAUCUUCAAGACUGAUUGGAUUUCCUGGUGAUAAUGACAAUAAUACCAUUCAUAUAUUAUUUAAUAUGUUAUUUCAUUUGAUCCUCAAUAAAACCCUGGGAGGUGGGUGUUAUUGAUUUCUGAAUUUUCCAUAUGAGGAAACUGAGACCGAGAGACAUUAAUUUCAGCUAGCAAGUACAGGAGGCAAAGUUCAAACUCAGGUCUUCCAAACUCCCAAAUGCAGCACCCAAUUUACUCUGCUGUCCUUUAAUUUCAAGCCUCUCAUUCUCUUUGAGCCCCAGUUUUCCUCAUCUGGAGAAGGAAGGAAUUGUAUUAAACAGCCACUGAGGUCUAUUUCAGCUCUAUAUUUAUGACCCUAACCUUCCUAUAAAGCCAGGAGAAUAAGGAGAGCAUGCAGUUUCCUAAAGAUCAGAGCAGAAAAAGAGUGGAUUGUUUCAUACACUUAGUGUCUCUUUGUCUCAUUCUCUUUUUCCCAUGCUGAAAGCUUCCUAUUCUCUCAUAGCAUUUCAGAGAGGUCUCUCCUCCACGGAACAGAUCUGUCUCCCAAGUGACCAGGUCCAACAAAUGGGAUUCUGUUUCAUUGGGUCAUUCACCCCGAACUUUAUUUUUCUCUUUUGCCAUGUUGGGCUCACUCUCCAAUGUUGUCCACUUUUUGGAUUCCGGGUUAUAAUGAAUGAAGUCCAGUCCUACGCACUGUUAAUAAGUAUGUUCAUACGCAUUUGAAUCCUGGGUUCAUUCCCUAUUUGACAACUGGAGUUAGGCCCCAAUGUGACUGUGUGAGCUAGUCAAAGACCUUAUUAUCCAAGCCCCUGAUCCUGAAUGACAUCCUUCAGAAGUGAUGAGGAUGGAAUUCAAGAAGUGGCCUUCGCAGCUUUGGGGAAGCAGUGAGAAAGACUUCGGACACAGCAGGAAGCCUUUUAAUGGAUGUUAAAUGACCACUUUUCUAGGAUGUUCUUCAGCCACAUGUGUUUUGAGCAGCCUUACAGCUUUGAAAUUGUACAAUUUGGUGAUUCUGUGAAGAAAAGACUCCAGUUAAGGAAAGGGGACUCCAGAUCGUUCUAGACCCUCUUGCCUCAGAGCCAUGGCCUUUUGCUCUAAUAUUUCCUCUUCUUUUACUAUAAAUUGGAUGGAGAUGACAAGAUAAACUGUCUUCAAAGUCAGUAAAUUACUCAACAAACAUGUGUUAAGCUCCAACUAUGUAUCAGCUACUCUGUCAGGUGAUGGGGGUGUAGAGUCAAAAUGAAAGGAAGCAAUCCUUUCUCUAAAAGCAUUCACAUUUUAUUGUGAGGGAUGACAUCUAUAUGAGCAUUGAUGGGUGUGUAUGAUACACACACUUAUGUAGCCCAAAUUCAAAAGUCAAUUCAAGUUUGAUGGAAGAGUGUUAGCAGUUGGUAAUAAUCAGAAAGGAAUCCCUUGCAAGGUGGUCUUGAAGGAAGAAAGAGUGAUUCUAUUGAAGAGGUGAGGAGCAGUGCAUUCUAGGCAUGAGUUGGGGUCAAUGAAAAAGAAUGGAGAUGAGAAAUAUAGUACCCUAUGUGAGGAACAGAGAGAGUCUUGUUUGGCCAGACCAGAGGGUGUGGGAAGGAGAAUAGGGCAUCACAAGGAAAAAGGUGGUAGUUUAGGGCCAAGUUGCUAAGGGUGCAAAAAUGAUUCUGGAGUCAGCAAAUCUGGGAUCAAAACCUGCCUCUGACAUUUAUGACCACUGUGGCCUUAGGCAAGUCAUGGGAACUCUCUAGGUCUCCAUUUCCUCUUCUAUAACAUGAGGAUGUUGGACUUGAUAGACUUUGAGAGCUCAUCUUGCUCCAGAAUGUCUUCUAUUUGAUUCUAGAGGUGAUAGAGAACCACUGGAGCUAACUGAAUAAGUGCAUGACAUGGCUAGAUCUUUACUUAAGGGAGCAUGAUAGAGAGCAAGGAUACUGGCAAGUCACAAGCUCACCUCAGCACUAUGGAACAGAGGAGGAGGAGGAGGAUAAGGAUGAGGAUUCACAGGUUGGAAGUAUUUCUGUCAGUCAUAGACCAGGCACCUCAGCUCCUUUUCUUAUGCCAACCUUCCUCACAGGAGCUUGGCAUCCAGCAAAGGCACUGGAUCCCAUGGAUUAAAUCAUUUGGUGAACUAGAGCAUAUUGAAUUCCUCUCCUAUAGGGCCCUGAGGUUGUACAGAGCAUCCACAGCUGCUCUGAGUUCUCUGCUUUUAAGUACAAGAAAUUUCUGCCCAUCUUGAAACAUUUUCCUUUUUUUCCGGUUUUAGCACCAGACCCAGCAGUAGCACCUGGUUGUCCCCUGUGGGCCACAGAGCCUCGAGGCUCCCAAGCUGCUAGUUUAAGCUUCCAGUCUUUCACCACCAUUCCCGAGGUGCUGUACACAGAAGAUAUGCAUCUUUCUGGAUCUGACAAGUUCAACUUCACCAAAAGAACCCUGCAGCAACCUUUGAAGAAUGGCUCAGCAAGUGGAGUGAGUUGCCUGUGCACACACAAAAGAAACCACAGAAGCUCAUUCAGAGACCAAGAGAAGGUUUAUGGGGAAGAGAAAAGAUCAUUUCACUAAGCUGGGCUUUUCCUCCUCCCUUGAAAGAGCCAGUCUACUCAAUGAUGAGGAGCACAACAGAGUCCCUAGCCUUUUCCUCUAUCCCCAUGCUACUUUCCCCUCCUCCUGCUAAAUUUCCAUUAUGAUUCUGACCUUAACAUUCUCUCAAAGAAUCAUUAUUUCUCAAUACCCUUUUAUUACACCAACCACAGAAAAUAAACCCUGCCCCUAUCUA